UUACCAUUUUGUGUUUGCACCUUGGUAAAAGUAUUUAUUGUACAUCUUGUUCAGUAUUUUUGUUUGAGUAGCAGUUUUAUCCAGUAAUUUAUAUACUCGGACUGUUUGCAGUUUCGUCUGAUUUCACUACACAUAUAUUAAACAAUCGAGGAUGUCGGAGCGUAAAGUUCUCAAUAAAUAUUAUCCACCCGAUUUUGAUCCAUCAAAAAUCCCACGUGUCAAACUUCCCAAAAACAGACAAUACACGGUUCGUCUGAUGGCUCCGUUUAACAUGCGAUGUGUAACAUGUGGUGAGUACAUCUACAAAGGUAAAAAAUUCAACGCUCGCAAGGAAGAUGUAGAAAAUGAAGACUAUCUUGGAAUUCGGAUCUAUCGCUUCUACAUCAAGUGCACUCGUUGUCUACAAGAGAUAUCUUUCAAAACCGAUCCCAGGAACACAGAUUACGAAAUUGAAGCCGGUGCGACACGCAAUUUCAUGGCACUAAAGCUUGCGGAAGAACAGGCCAGACGGGAGGAAGAGGAAGCCCGGGAAGAAGAAGCUACUAAUCCGAUGAAGUUGUUGGAAAACCGUACCCAACAGUCAAGAAACGAAAUAGAACUGCUGGAGUCGUUAGAAGAAUUGCGAGACCUAAAUCGUCGCCAGCAGGAAGUGGAUUAUGACAGCAUGUUGCAACAGUACGAUCCAACAGAGUCGAUCCGUGAACGUGAAGAGCGACUGGAGAGGCAGGACGAGGAAUAUAUCAAAUCUAUUAAAUUUCAGUCUCGCGUAUCAACUAGCACAGGGCUGAAGCGUGUAGCAGUCGAAGAAAUUGUCGAAGAAAUUAAACAAGAACCCUCGAUUGAAAUGGAAUCGAAGGUAACAACUGAAUCGUCGGCUUCGUCUUCUUCGAUUAUACAUACGUUUACCAUUCCUCCUGCCGUAAGUAGCAACAAAAUGAAAAAAAUGGACAACACCAUUAGCAUUGGAGUUAGAAAAACGUCCAUGAGCAAUUUAGUAAUAAAGAAGAUUCCAAACGCUGAAAGUUCGACCCAGAAAAAAGAAGCAAUCAAGCCGAUAUCUGUGGCAACUACCUCAAUGACAAGUGAAUUGCAAGCACCACAUACAUCAGUGACACUCGGUAGUACUGAUAAUAAUGAUUUAAGUGCGUCUGUUAUGACCACUAGUAACAAUACGGUCAGUGGCUUAGACCUUCUCGGAACAUAUUCUGAUAGUGACAAUUCUUCAGACAGUAAUGAAGAAGUGUAAAGAGACAACCAACGAAUAGAUGAAACCAGAGUGCCUAUAACCAGAGUGACGACAGCUGUUCGUUUGAAAUGACAGCUUCCAGUUCCAAACGAGCAAAGUAAAGUAAAGGUUUGGGAUUACGUUCCUUUUGUGUAAUUUGGCCUUUCUGUUUCAACAGACUACGCAGCCGAUUCUUAGCGUACAGAAUCAUUACAUGGCUAGUAUUACGAUCUUACUGACAUUAUAAAUCAUUCCAGGUCGGGGCUCGAACAUAUGACAACUGACUUGUAAGACCAACACCGUAUGCAUUGAAACGCCAACGAGCAAACGACCUAUCAAUUACAAAGCUAACGACACUGCCGGAUUAAAUGUUUUGAAUUAUAGCCAAUAUUACGGAUGAAACUAUAGCUGGAGUGGAACUUCAGAAUUUACUAGAUCACACUGUCAAUCAAGACUCAUCAUCAAAAUAUUGUGAAGAAAGAUUUACCAAAUAAUUCAUCAAUUGGAUUUCAUCGGAAAAAAUGGCCUCUGAUGGUAGCUCGGAACAUAACGAGCAAAAGCAAAGUUUCGUUGCAGGCUGUUUAGAAGAUGGGUAAAUUUUUUUCUUCUUUAUGUAUGAUUAGUUUAUUUAUAAAAUA